AUGACGAUGUCGGGCCCCCGGUUGCUGUGGAGUGCCAUAAGCAGCACAUCCAGGCUAUCUACCGUGCUCCAGAUCCUCAUCUUCCUCCCCCUCACGCUCUCGACGCUCUCGACGCCCGCCUUCCUACUGCUCUCGCUGCUAUUGCUCGCGCAUGCGCUCAUCCAUGGCACGCUCGUGCUCUUCUGGGGCUCGCCCGCGCUGUCGGUCAUGCAGGUCCCGAUGCACCCUUUCCUGCUACUCGUGUGCUUCAAUGUCUUCUCGGAGAAGGUGCACCCGCUGCUCAUGACGGCUGCAUAUUGGUGGGGGAAGAUCCUGCAUUGGUCGAGCCCAGGGUUCAUCGUCAUGGAGGGCCUCUCGAGCUUGCUCAUUGUGCAGAAGCUAGGGCAGGUCGGGAAGGAGCUGGUUAGUGAAGGAGAGGGAUACCAGUUCGGGUUGCUUGUCGCGGCCGCUGCUGCGUAUGUCACGUCUGCUUGGUGGAUCGUCUUGGGGUAUCCUGCAGCGGCGACUUCUCCCCUCUCGUCUACCCUCCUAGGAGUGGCCCUGACGACUUUGAUCUUCCUUACGCUCAUUGGCUUCUUCCUACGGAGAACGAACGUUAUUGAGUCUUCCGGCCUUGCAUUGUUCGUUGCGUACAAUGUCUGGCAAUGCGGGUUCGACCAGCAGUCUUAUGUGGACCCUGCUUCCUCCUACGCGCCUUUGUGGGACAACUUCCUCCCUCACAUGCAAACACUGGUCAACUUCGUCACCAACACGCUGCCGCGACCUCUGCUUAUCGCCCUGCUAUAUCGACUUGCCGUUCUGCAUUUCGCGUCGCAAAUACUGCCCACAAUUGGAGCGGACAGCUGGGAUGAAGACGCCGGGGUUGACGGCGGAUGGGACGCACGUCCUACAUCCAAGCUAACCCAUCUACUAUUGACAUACCGACAAGCAAUCUUUGUCACUGUGUACUCUCAUCUGCUGCUGCUCGAUCAUUCUUCUCAGGUCUGGUGGCGAUGGAUGAAUAUCCUCUUUACCAUGGUGAUCUGGUCAGUAGAGCUGCUCGUCAGCGGCGAGGACGACGACAGCGUCACAACGAAAUGGAAGGUGGAUUGA